GUGGAAAGUAUUGUACGACAGCGAGAUUUGUUUAAAGUGCUGAGCCAGUCAGGGAUGACAGUGUCGCCAUCUUCAAUGACUGAUGGAGAUGAGAUGAGUAUGAUAACUCCUGUUAAGAAGUCUCCUGUCGGGGUCAAACAGAGCCCGUCGUCGGAUAAGGCCUUACAGGACAUGAAAACUGCCCUAAAUCAACUACAGGAGGACUUCAACAACUACAAGAAAGAGAAGAAAGUAAAUGAAAAGAUCAUGGAUGAAGAAUUAGAGAAAUACAGAAAUGGUUUGUCUUCCAUGACUGUCCAGAAUGCAAAGAUGUCCUCUCAGGUGGACUAUUCUGCAGAGAAGUACAAAGUGUUACAAAGUAAUGCGGAAGGCUACAGGAAGGAGAUAGCAGCACUGCGAGACAAAGUACAGAAGUAUUCGGCUAGUGUCGCCAAACACGAACAAACCAUCAAUAUUCUCAGACAGGAUCUGAUGUCAUCCAAGGAGAACUUCGCCCGCUCAGAUACCCAGGCACAAAAUCUACGCAUAGAAAAGGAGUUGUUGAAGCAGUCUGAGCAACGUCUUCUGCAAGACAUUGAGUCAAUGAGGCGAGAGAGACAUUCCCAGGCCAUGCUGAUGGCUAACCUAGAAGCCAUCAAGAAUAAUAUAGAGCGUUCAGAAUCGGAGACGAGGAACAGAUACACCAAUAAGAUUGAAGCUCUGGAGAUGGAGAACAGUAACCUGACAAGGAAACUCCACUCAGCUCAGGAUGAGCAGAAGACCAUAACAACCAUCUUUGAGAGUCAAAUAAAAGAAAUCCGCAGUCAGUUGGAACAGGAGCUGUCGAAUCAUGAGGUAGACAAGAAACACAUCCGAGCUGUACAACAGGAACUGGAGGGUGUGAAGGGCCAGUUGGGAGCGGCCGAGGCAAAGUUAGCAUCAGCAGAGAUGAGACUUGCCAAUACUUCAACCAAUGUCACAGACUCCGCUGGUAUGAACACUGAGAUCAUGAGUGAAGAGUUGAAGGACCUACAGUCUCAACUAGAACAGUCUCAACAAGCUGUCAGCAUGCUUCGAGAUCAACUCAACAAAUCCCAGGAUCAUGUGGCUAAUUACAAGGCCAUAGCUGAUGGCCUCCAGAAAACUAUGGAUGAACAGUCAAUGGCAAACAAGCAGUUUGAGCAGAAAUUUGAAGAAAUGUUAGAAGCUAAGAAACAUGCUGAGAAAAGGACAGAGGAUUUGGAGAAUGAGCACCAAGCUUUACUGAACGAGAACAUCCGUGUUUCAGAGGAGAGUCACAAGCUGGUCAGUAACUUUUGAUGUAAUCCAUAGGAA